AUGGUUGACCUCACCGUUGGUCAUGUCUCCGGUAUCAUUGCCGCUGGGGUCUACGUGCUCCAAUUCCUGAUACCGACUGCCACCACACUUAUCCUAGCGGGACUUGUAACCGAUAAAAACUCAUUAGCAACAUGGACUCAGAUUGGAAGAUCAUUACAUGCAUCACAUUGGCCACUCCUUCUCCGAGCAGACACCGCCACGGCUCGCGAAGUUAGCCGAGCGGUAAGGCUAGAAGGAAUCUUGCGCCCCUUGAUCCUACUUAUUGUCGGUAUUGCUGCCGUUGUCACGCCUCUCGGUUUAUACGACGCAGUCGUUCCUGGAACAAAGAUGGUACCACAGCCAUUUCAGUAUCAACCCGACACUUCGCCGUUUGGCAGCGGAACACCCCCUCGCUCAAAGUUGGGGUUUAAUCGAAUUUGCGGUGCCUUUGAGCCUCGCGCGUGCCCAGGCUCAAAAACCGUCAUCAAGACCACCAGAAAUGGAACCAGAGCUACAUUUGAGUGGGACUUAUAUGAUAUUGACAUCCCCGCUAACUUGACCGAGAUGUUCCAAAGUGGUCUCGAACGUAUGAAACCAACCGUCUCGAGCAUGUUUGACAUUCAAUGGAGAUCGUACUCUGUCACCAUCGAUGACACCAAGAACAAUGGAUCCGCCUUCUUGGGAGGGUCGUAUAAACAGAUGGAUACCUUGGUCCUUAAGGACGGCUACAUAGUUGUGGAAGGGCUAAUUGUCGACAAUAAAAACGGAGGCAUUGGCUUCCGGAAUCAUACCACCCCUUCACCACUGAAGUACGGUGGUACAUGGUCUGAAGACUUGCUUUUUAUCGAGCCAUUUACACAAUGUGUUGAUACUAAUAUCACCGUCGACUUCGUCAUUCCGGAUUCUAACGUCAACUUAACCAUGCAAAACGUGAAGAUAACGGACCGGGGUGGUUUUGAGAAACUUAACACGACAUAUCCCCAAUACGACCGAAGCGAUCCCCAAGCAAAUCCAGACCUGUAUGGGAGGGCAUACAAGGCCGCCUACCUUCAUAAUGCGUACACCAUGCUGCUUUUGAACGUGACGAACCCGAGAACUCCUACUAUGCGACCGUGGUCCUAUUUGAAUUCUACUGAGGGAAAGACCUUCCCAAUUGACGUUUUGACUGGCGAGGUCCAGCCCACCCAAUUGGGGACUUAUUCAGAUUGGCGCCUAUGGGACGGAGUACCAUACAGUCCCGGUGAAAAUGCUUCUUCCUUCUUGUCUGAUAUCGACUACCCGAAUCCGUACAACAUUUCACAAGAGGACUUCAGGUCAAUCAGAACUAUAUGCCAGGGAGCCGGCAGCGGGGAUAUCGCCAACAUUACCAAUAUCGGAGUCGCGUGUGGACUAUUCGUUGGUGCUGCGCGGCGCGUUGAUGGAGGCUCGUCCCUUGUGACCGAGCCGAGAACAGAGUGGACCACUCCACUCUAUAGCUGCGCUUCGUCCGCAAGAGCCGUCGUGAAAACUGUCAACUUUCGAUACAACGGAACAGAUGGAUUGAACAGUCUCUCCGUUCUGGAUAUCCGAGACAAGAUUUAUAACCAAGAGAGUGACAAACCUCUGUGGGGUGUUGAGCGUUUGCAACUUAAGCUGGGGGAGGCUGCUGCUAUGUGGGGAUUGGUGUCAGAUCGUUACAAAGGCCGUGACGACGUUUCCGUAAUCCAGAGCGAAAACCUUUGGCUUCCUGGAUUUGUUGGCAGCAAGAGAAUGCCCUCUACUGAUUACAUGAAUUUACCUGGUGUCAGUUUCCAUAUGGAUGCCUUUGCGUCAAUAUACACAAUGCAAGACCGCCCGUCCAACAGCUUACUCGCCGACUAUUCAGGAAGAUCGAAUCUUGCCUUGUAUGCAAGGUGGCAAGAACUAUCCAAAGAUGCCAAAUCUUCAUCGACGAUUAUCAAUCAGAUAUGGACUGACAUUGCUGCCAACGCUGUCGUUGGAACAAGAAGCUGGGUUCGAGAGGAGAACGACCGCAACGUACAAAAACGCUCUACAGACCAACCUCCCCAAGAAGGAGAUACCGUUAACGUUCCAGUGGAUAUUUAUCACCAUACAGUGAGAUAUCAUAUUGCGUACGGUGUUCCGGCCUUUAUUGCGCUCGCUCUGGCCUCUGCAAUCGCCGCUUCGUCAUGCAUCCUUUGUGUCUUUGGCCGUGCGAGACCAUCGGCUGUAAAAAGGCACUUGUACCACACCGGCGCAGGCCGCAUUCUCGGGUCUUUCAUGUAUCCAGGCGUUGCGGAUCGGCAAGCCCCCACCAAAGCAUGGAAUGCGGCUAUCGGAUCGAAGAUGGCCUCUAUGGCAACCCCUGUUCCCCAUCCCUUGGACAACGCCACCGCGCAUUAUUCGAACGGUUCAAGAACUAACUUGGAAUCUCCGUUGCUACACAACAAAGAAGGCUUAUCCCCAGCUGCUCAGCACCAGCCACAGAGUUAAACAUUUGGACUCUAGUUCAUAAAAUUUCCGAUUGGUUGACCUUAGCAUCCAUCUUCCUCAUUCAUAAAUUCCAUACAGUGUGACUGUCUCAUUUUUUUGUCUAUAUUUUCUUCCACUAUAUACCCCUUUUAAAUUUUUUUUCACUUGUCUUUUUUUCUCUUUGUUGAUAUCAUUUUUUUUUGGUUCAUAACUCAGGUCCCUCAAUCUUUUGAUGCAAACAUCUGCUAAGAUAAUUUUUUUAAAAGAUAUAUUGACGUGAAUAAUGGUGCGAUCUCGGUAGAAUGUCAGAUAAGGUCGCAUGUGAUGCACUUAAUAAGACAUCCAUAUGGAGUAUAUUAUAUAGCAUAUGUGUUUUAACAAAGUUCAUCAAAAUUUUGAUACAGUUAAAUCUAAUAUACAUAUCAUCUUGGG